AUGGAAAUGCUUUUUGACAAAAAUUCUUGGAAGAGAAUUGAUGCUUCACUUUCAAUAGAAAAUGUUCACGAAAAUAUAUUGAAGGAAGUUUCUCUUUUAUUGGAUAAAACAAAUAAACCAUUAAAGAAGUUUACUUUAAAUGAUUUUGGUAUUCUUAAUUAA